AUGUCCCUAUCAACUCUCCAACCCAACGCCCUCUACAUCGUCCUCUUCAACCGCGGAUAUCCCAACCAAGCCGACGACUUCCACUGGGCACUCUACCUGCACCACAGCGCGCAAAAAGGCGGUAUCAAAUACCACGUCCGAAACCGCGGUGCGGGCUGGACUGUCGAUCACGGAAGCACCCGAGGGAUUUUGAAAGAAGCGCUUCUUGUUUGUCUUGUUCAGAUUGCGGCGAUUCCGGAUGGGCAAGAGGAGUAUGUGAAUGGGGUUUUUAGAAGUCUGGAUGGGACGCUGAAUGAGGGGGAAAUUACGUGUCGGACGUGGAUUUUGAGGGUGUUGGAACCCUUGAUGAGGGGGGGAGAGGGGGAGGGGGAGGGGGAUAGAGUGAAGAUACUGAGAUGUGAGAGUAUUGAGGGGUUGGAGAGGGAGGUGAAGGAUUGGGGGAAUAGGUAUAUGGAUGAGGCGAAUGAGAAUGUGCAACCGAGACCGGUGGUGGUUUCGAGAGUUUGUGGUUUGUGA